UAAGACCUCACAGUGCCAUCCUCCGGCUAUCUGUCCAGUGCCAACCCCUCAGAGCGAGCAGCUGGCACAUAUCGCUCACGGAUUCCCGAAUCGGGUCUCGGUCCAAGCAAAGGCUUUCGAACGUAGAUCUUUGCAUCAGAGCCAAUAUAUUUUUUCAUUGGCGUGUACGAAGGCAAACCAUGGACUACGUAAAGAAUACGCCCGGUGUUCUCGGGUGGGUGGUGGGCCAUUCCCCCGCGGUCAGCAAGGCUCUGGGGCGUCGGUCCUGGAUGUCUCCUUGGGCUCUCCUCAAGACGAUUGACAGCCUGUUGAGGGGGAUCGGCCAGGUGUGCUUCGCCGACAACCCCCUCUCCGGGCUGCUCAUCCUCCUCGGGCUCUUCCUCGGCAACCCGAUGGCGGGCCUCGGCGCCGUCGUCACCUCGCUCACCGCCAUCGUCACGGCUCUGAUUUUCAAACAACCCGACGGAGCCAUCGGAGCGGGUCUCACGAACUUCAGCGCCGUCUUGGUGGGAACUGUGAUCACUUCCGUCUACCCGAUAAUCUGCCAUCAGCCUCUGCCAGCACCCGUCUGGGGGUACAUAGUCGCCGGCGCCGCCUUCAGCGUGUGUCUGCUGUCAGCCCUGGCCGCCAUCCUGGCCCCGACCAAGCUGCCGCCCUUCACCCUCCCCUUCAACAUCGCCACCUGCAUCGUCUUCAUCUGCCUCCGAAGCCACGGCCUUGUGGGAGUCGCACCGGAAGCCACUUCGCAGGAGGUGGCCGAGGAAGAGAGCAUCCAAUGGGGGCAAGUCUUCCUUGGGUCAUUCCUCUCCGCUGGACAAGCCUACGCAGUGGAGAGCAUCGCGUGCUCCUCGCUCACGCUCAUUGGUCUCUUCUUGUAUUCGCCAAUCCUUACCGUCUUCGCCUUCUUCGGCGCUCUCACGUCCUCCUUUACAGCUCUUGCGGUGUCAUCGGCUCCUUACGCUGCUGUGUACGCUGGUGGCUGGGGCUACAACGGGUUCCUGUCAGGUGGAAGCCUCGCCAUCUUCAUGGUUCCCUCGCCGAGAGUCUUCCUCCUUGCCAUCGUCAACUCCAUCUUUACUACAUUCCUCCAUGCAGCGCUCGUUCCCUCUUUCGCGCUGAACCAGCUGCCAGUGUUCACCUUCCCGUUCUGCAUAAGUUCCCUGCUGUUCUUGGCCAUGGCUGGGGCGGGAGGCAUGGACAGCAGGCGCGUGUACGAGCCAAGCUUCCCGGAACGAGAUCUCCUCCUCAGCAAACAGGAAAUUCAUGAGACCGAGAAAGACGGCAUCGCUACUCGGGAUCCUGCAGCUCUGCCUCUGUCAGAGAACCAAAGGGAAGCUGUGUAAUGAGCUCAGACUCAGUUUCAAACUCUGUUUCCAUACCAAACUUUUGAUUAAAGUAUAUUGUUUGAGUUU